AUGUCUUUUCACCCAGGUUUCUCCAUCGUUCAUCAGUACAUUCAACGUUUUAAUGAGGUGUCUGGCAACAAGUCAGCGAUCAUCCGAAGAAGAUCUAAGAUUCCUGGAAUAAUAAUCACACAGUACGUAGUUAACAUGCCAGAGGGAAAAAGCACCCCAGAUUUCCAGUGUAAACCAGUCCCAGUAACUGUAAUGGAAGGGAAAUUAGCAGUUUUCAAGGCCGUGGUGAAAGGGGAUCCAAAACCAGAGGUGUCAUGGAGAAGAGCUAAAGGCACAAUGUCAGACAAGGAGAAAUUUCAGAGUAAAUAUGACAAAUUGACUGGAGAGUAUAUAUUAGAGAUUCACAAAGUGUCUGCUGUGGAAACGGACACAUACAAAUGCUGUGCUGUGAACGAGUAUGGCAAAGCUGUCUGCACAACGACAUUAACUGUGAUUGAGGGUAAGUUGUUGAACAAACUGCUCACAGAUUGUGAAUAA